UUGCUUGCCACAUUUUUCAUACAAUAUGAAAGAAUAAAAGGAGUCCAGUCUUCAGGUGUAAUGACGAUUUUCUGGCUCAUCUCAUUGCUAUGUGCCACAGUAGUUUUUAGAUCCAAAAUAAUGCAUGCCUUAAAUACGGGUGCUGAAGUGGAUGCAUUUCGUUAUGCCACCUUCUGCAUCUACUUCAUCCUGUUAUUUGUACAGCUCAUCCUGUGUUGUUUUCCAGAACGACCACCUCUGUUUUCUGAAACAGUAAAUGAUCCCAAUCCAUGUCCAGAGUUCAGUGCUUCUUUCCUUUCCAGAAUCACAUUCUGGUGGAUCACUGGGUUGAUGGUUCAGGGUUAUCGGAGACCUUUGGAAGCCAAGGAUUUGUGGUCAUUAAAUAAAGAGGACAAAUCGGAGGAGAUAGUGCCAGGUUUGGCUAGAAACUGGGCAAAAGAGUGGGCAAAGACCAAGAGGCAACCGUUAAACGUGUUAUACUCGCCCAGAAAGCAGCAAAAAUCAAGCGACUCAAAUGGUGAUGUGACAGAAGAGGCUGAAGCUUUGAUUGUAAAACCAUCUCAGAAAAGCUCUGAAGCAUCUUUAUUCAAGGUGUUAUAUAAAACCUUUGGACCGUAUUUUCUCAUGAGCUUCCUGUUUAAAGCUGCACAUGAUCUCUUGAUGUUUGCAGGCCCAGAAAUUCUGAAAUUGCUAAUCAACUUCGUAAAUAACGAAGGUGCCCCAAACUGGCAAGGCUACUUUUAUACAGGGCUGCUGUUUGUUUGUGCCUGUCUUCAGACGCUGAUUCUUCACCAGUAUUUUCAUAUUUGCUUUGUAACUGGAAUGAGGCUCAAAACAGCUAUUGUUGGUGUAAUUUAUCGAAAGGCACUUGUUAUCACAAAUUCUGCUAGAAAGACUUCUACUGUGGGUGAGAUUGUGAAUCUAAUGUCUGUGGAUGCUCAGAGAUUCAUGGACUUGGCUACCUAUAUAAACAUGAUUUGGUCUGCACCUCUCCAGGUGAUAUUAGCCCUGUACUUACUGUGGCAGAAUUUAGGUCCUUCAGUGCUGGCAGGUGUGGCUGUCAUGAUCCUUCUUGUUCCAAUAAAUGCUGUGAUGGCAAUGAAGACAAAAACCUAUCAGGUGGCUCAAAUGAAGAGCAAAGACAACAGAAUUAAGCUGAUGAAUGAAAUUCUCAAUGGGAUUAAAGUUCUGAAACUUUAUGCUUGGGAAUUAGCCUUCAGAGAGAAGGUAUUAGAGAUCAGACAGAAAGAACUCAAAGUCCUAAAAAAAUCUGCUUACCUUGCUGCAAUGGCAACCUUCACUUGGGUUUGUGCUCCUUUUUUGGUUGCCUUGUCCACGUUUGCUGUGUACGUCACAAUAGACAAGAACAACGUCUUGGAUGCUCAGAAGGCAUUUGUUUCCCUAGCAUUAUUCAACAUCCUCAGGUUUCCAUUGAACAUGCUUCCUAUGGUUAUCAGCAGCAUAGUAGAAGCCAGUGUCUCCUUGAAGCGCCUUAGGGUGUUCCUGUCUCAUGAAGAGUUAGAUCCAGACAGCAUAAUCAGGGGACCCAUCCCAGAGG